CCUCUCUGUCCUCUUCACGAGUCGCUCGGCUUUGCACCUCGAGGGUCCGGACCGUUUUCCUCAACCACAAUUGCACUUCCGCUGGCUCGUACGACGUCUCCCGUCCCCACUCACGGCGGAACAUGGUUCUUUCGAAGAACUGACGUACGACACUUCGGAUCAACAUCGAUUACCUCUUCUAAGAGAGGCGACACACUGCCCAGGCUAGACCCCAAUGUCGCAACAGCAAGAACAUGGUCCAACACCUUCCUCGUCUUCCCAGGCCAUGGCGCCGGAGACGGUAGCAGCAGCAGCAGCCGCGGAAAGAGGGUCGGAAUCGGCAGCUUUGCCGGAUGCCAAAUUGACACCGAGCUGCUCGAGGUGCCGGACAAAGAAGCUGCGUUGCCACUACGACGAAGGCGUGGCGUCGUGCACAAAUUGCAUUGGCAAGGGGCUCGAAGACGAAUGUCAUCGAGACGUGAGGGUGCCGCGGGGACGAAAGAGAUCCAGACGCGAGGAUGGAAUCAGCAGUGGACCUGGCCCACUUAAUGCAGAAGACCCAGCGGCGGACCGGCUGGGCGAGAUUGCGCGGCUCAAGAGGAGGCUAGCGGAGCUCGAAGGCGUGCCACCUCCGGCCCACCCCGCCUAUGCCCAAAGGACAUCAUCGUCAUCGUCAUCGUCGUCGUCUUCCGCACCGUCGAGGAGGAUGAAAUCGGCGCCGAGAGGACCAGCCCCGAUACCUUCGCGCUCCGACACCGAGGACGCCGCCCUGAUGCUGGAGUCGCUUGCCUUUACCCAUCAUCACCGUGUCUCGGCCCGCUUCGCCUCUUCGACGACGAACGCCGAGGAUGGCGGGCGCCGCCGUCUGACAAUGGCAGACGACCAGGCCGGCUCCCAGUGGGCCUCGUCGUCCAGCCUCUCGGAAAGCCUCGGUCUUGUCAGGUCGGCCAAGCAGGACAUCUAUGCCAGCGACGGCGUCAUCGUCGAAGAGCUAAUAACCACCUUUCUCCGACGUGUCACCCACAACGUUGGUCACGUCAUCUAUGGCCCAGGCAUUAAGCGGGCCAGCCAGGCCUUCCUGAGCAUGUCCGAAGAGGAAAUCAUCGUCAGCGACCUCUUUGUCGAUCCUUGCACCUUGGCAUGCUUGCUCCUCGUCCUCUGCCUUGGCUUCGAGUUCCAUUCCAGCACAAUGAUUGCGAAUGCGCCACCCUCGCCCGGCUGGAGGGCUGUCGAACACCUACGCAAGCAGGGCAUCGAUCCCAGCACGCGCUGGUACGAUCUGGCAAAGAAGUGCCUCAAGGUCGAAGCGUCGUUUGAGCUCACCAGCGUGGCCGCCCUGCAAGCCACCUGCCUGCUCCUCUUUCGAGGAAAAGAGACAGUAGCUCGUAAUCGGAUGCUGCUCAACGUGGCCGUGUCGAGCGCUCAGGACUUUGGGCUUCACCGACUAGGCGAGGCUAGGCGCAAGUCAGACAUGGAUGUCAAUGAUUUUAUCCGCCUCGAGACCGGUGUUCGAAUUUGGACAUACCUCUGCAUCUAUGACUGGUCCUCGGCCGGCACCCACGGCCUCACCUACAUGAUUCAGCCCUCGCAGACGACGACACGCAUGCCCUUGAACAUCAACGAUGACGGUCUCGAAAAGGCCGACGGUCGAGAAGAGCCCUUAGAGAGGUGGACAGAAGGGGCUUACGUCAUUGCUCAGUACCAGCUGGCUGAAUGCGUCCGAGACAGCGUAGAUGUGCGCAACGAACAGGCAGUCCAGGUCAGCAGAAGCGAGCAGGAGGAUCAGAUCGUCGAUGACGAGAAACACGAAGAUCGGACGCGCAAAUUCGCCGUUGUUGGCUCUCUCGCAAGCCUUUCAGAAGAGAACCGUAACAAGGUUCAGGCAAGAAUCAUGGCUUUCGUCGAGGAGCUGCCUCGCUUCUUCCACAUCGACAGCGAUGUUGCUCAUCCUCCCGUGGUCCCUGUCCAGCGAUGGCUUCUGCACCAACAAAUCUUUGAUGUUUUGAUGAAGCUCAAUCGAGGGCGACUCGCGACAGAGGAGGGCAGGGAGAAGUGCUUGAUGCUGGCACAUCACGUCCUCGACCAACAGGUCGAGAUCCGCUCUGUCUGCCCCAUCGUCGACCACUUUGCGGUCCAUUCGUCGCAUACCUACAGCGCCUGCAUCAUUGUCCUUCUCGACCUCAUCGCAAGGCCGUCACAGGGGGAUCUAGAGACGAGGCGCUGGUCACGAGAGCGCGUGGUGAGGGCGAUUAAGGGUCUCCGCAAUUCCGGCUGGAUCUCAACUGGAGUCAGAGUAUUAGAGGUCUUAAUGGCUCAUGAAGAGGAGCAAUUUUCACUUUCGACGACGGGACAAGUCGUGCAGGGACGACGACCAAUCCUGAGCGAUGUAGCCAGGAAGCUGGUCCGAGAGAUUGGCGGGGCAUCCCAACCCCGCACUCGUCAACAUCCCUCCACAGACUGGCCUGCCGCUCAACAGCCAUCUGGUCCUGUCUCAAUUGCACGAGAAUCGAGCGGCGAAGUCAAGAGGCGCCAAUAUGAUACGACGAUGCUGCCUGUCCUGGGUGCUUUCCCUCCGGCCAGACUGUCGAGUCCAUCGCUCUGGCCGCAGGAAGCUAUCGCCGACAAUCAUACGCCGGUGACAGCGAGUCGCCGCACGAGCCAAAUAGCCUCUUCAUCGAGAUCUUCCUCGACGCCCCGGACUACCUCGUCGUCGUCGAUGACGUCGCCCACCGGCUCGAUCACUUUGAAGGGAGGCCAUGAUCACGCCCAUGUCGCUGUCACGCAACCAACCAGCUUGGCAACCAUUCCAUCGCAAGAGCCCCUUGCCGGCAGUGUCGGUCUCGAUUUUGGCAUGGUCCUUGACUGGGCAGUUUCUCUGGGCUUUGCGAACAGCCAACCAGAAGAUGGCAAGAUGAACGGCGACGUAGCCGCGAAAAUUCAAAAGCAGCACUUGCCGCAACACGUUGUGGGAGUGGACCAUGUCCAAUCGACGGCCGUGCAGCAACAGCAAAGGGCAAAGGUUCUCCAGCCGCGGUCACCAGUGUCACAGCAUGCUCAUGCCUACGCCAUGCAGCCACCUCUUGGUCCCCCGAAUCAUUACCUACCACAUGGACAUUUUGCGCAUCACCAGUCAAGUCAACAUGAAGGUCAUCAGCAGCAGCUCUAUCCUCCACAUCAGCCCCAGUACCAACAGCAGCUGCCGACCUCUUUCGGCAGCCCUAGCUCGGGGCAAGAUAGGCACUUCAUACCGCCGCAACAUCACCUCCACCCUCAGCAGCAGCAGCCCCCGUUUCAACCCCAGUUCCUUUCUCCUGAUCAGCAGUAUAAACCCCAGCCUGUGUACCGUUCCUGGACGUGAUUGUUUCGUACUUUUCUUCAGUCAGCUUCUCUUGUCGUACGUUCUCUCUGCUUGUAACAGUACCUCCCAAUUACCCCCGCUGUUUUUCUUUCUUUCGACCAAGCUUUCUAAUCACGAUGUCAAGGGAAAAUUAAUGCGAC